GCUCGCCGGCGGGACGCGCUCGGGAGGCGCGGGCGGGUUCCUCCGACGGUGUCCGGAGCCGAAGCGGCAGCGGCGGGCGUGGCGCCCGGGUCUGCGGACGGGGCGCGUGUCCUCCUCCUCCCCUCCCCCAGCGCGCUGUGGCGCAGCAGGAAUUGGGCCAGGCCCCGGGCGCUAUUUGCGGCUCCUGACGCGCGGCUGCCGGCGGCCGUUGGGUCAUUUCUAUUCUCGGGGCGCGGGGUCAGCGCGCGGCCCGGACCGGAGGGUGUGUCCCCAGCGCGGGGCCUCGCCGCGCCUAUAAGGGCCGAGCGGCGGCCAGGGACAUGCAGCUCUACAGCAGCGUGUGCACCCACUACCCCGCCGGGGCCCCGGGCCCUACGGCUGCCGCUCCUGCGACGCCCGCCGGCACCGCCGCCCCCUUCAAGGUCUCUCUGCCGCCGCCCGGAGCCGCCAGCGCAGCCUCGGAGCCCGAGACCGGCGAGCGCCAGCCCGCAGCCGCAGCCGAGCCGCCGCGCAGGGGCUCUUCGACCUGGCUGCUGGAGGAGCUGCUGCGGCCCGACGGCGCCGAGCCCGGCCCGGACGCGGUGCGCGAGAGCCCCGACAGGAACUUCCGACUGAGCGAGCACCGCCAGGCCCUGGCCGCUGCCAAGCACCGCGGGCCCGCGCCGCCUCCGGGGAGCCCUGAGCCCAGCCCCGGAUUGUGGGCUGACGAGCCACGGGCCGAGCGAGUCCCCCGCGGUUGGGAUCGGAGCGGCGACCGCAGCGAUCCUGCAAACACGCACUCGGCGCGGCGUCCUGACCAGGAGCCUGAGGCGCCCGCCGCUCCUCGCGGAGAGGCAGCGCCGGCUAGUGCGGUUGACACAGUAGUAGUGUCCAGAUCGGAUCCGCGAGAUGAGAAGCUGGCCUUGUACCUGGCCGAGGUGGAGAGGCAGGACAAAUACCUGCGGCAGCGAAAUAAGUUCCGGUUCCACAUCAUCCCCGACGGCAACUGCCUGUACCGAGCGGUCAGCAAGGCUGUGUAUGGAGACCAGAGCCUGCAUCGUGAGCUGCGGGAGCAGACGGUACACUACAUUGCAGACCAUCUCGACCACUUUAAUCCCCUGAUUGAGGGUGAUGUGGGGGAGUUUAUCGUCGCUGCUGCCCAAGACGGGGCUUGGGCCGGGUACCCCGAAUUGCUGGCAAUGGGGCAGAUGCUGAAUGUGAAUAUACACUUAACUACUGGAGGGAGGUUGGAGAGUCCCACGGUGUCUACCAUGAUUCACUAUCUGGGUCCGGAGGAUUCCUUAAGGCCCAGUAUUUGGCUCAGUUGGCUCAGUAAUGGACACUAUGAUGCGGUUUUCGAUCAUUUGUAUCCUAACCCAGAGUAUGACAGUUGGUGCAAACAAACCCAAGUGCAAAGAAAACGUGAUGAAGAACUUGCCAAAUCCAUGGCCAUAUCUCUGUCCAAAAUGUAUAUUGAACAAAACGCAUGCUCUUGAAAUGUCUGAAAACCUUAACCCCUUGGGGCAAUCGCGUACUUAACUUAUAUUUGGAGAAUCACAUGAAUUCUAAUCAGGGUAUGGCACUUUUAAACUUCCUAGUAGGUUUUUCUGUAGGUGCAAUGCCUUAAUCAUUUCUUUGGAUGUUUUCGCAGAGCUGAAGGUUGCUGGGCACCUAGAUGAUGUUUCCUGAUACUUUUGAGUGGUCCUACUGCUACUUAUAAUUUGCUGUAUAAAAUGAGCACUAAAAUUGCAAGCUGAUUUCUCACAGUAUAAUGAAUUUGUUCAUUCCCUGUAGUCUAUUUUCUAUAAAAAUGUAUUUUUGCACAUUUUUAAAAAUUGGUGGACCUUCAUCUAUGAUGUGUUCCAUUUUGACACAGCUUUCAAGCAUAAAUCUGGAGAAGUGCUUUCUAUGAAAUUUAUUAUUUUCAGCAGUUUUGUGAUUUAGUAGUUACUUUAUGUUGGAAUUUGAAUUUUACAAUUCUUAGGUAAUUUUUUCAAGUGGAUAUUGUUGUACUCAUGUUACCAGAUGAUUGGCCUAUUCCAUUUUGUUGAAAUGGCCUUGUUUUGGAAAUUGUUAUUUUUCUAGAGAUGGUCAGUCUUCAAGUACUUAAGUACUUGAAGUACGUAGGAAGACUUUUUCUUUAAGGUGUUGUACCAAGUCUUGAAUGAAAGUCUGAUAUUUUCUGAUGACAGGGAUGAUUCUGUGUUCUGGUUGUGUUCAGAGUAGAUUGUCUGGUGCUCUUGUUUUUAUUUACACUUGUCAUUUUCUUAUGAAAGAAUUUUAACAUGCUAUACAAUUUUGUGAUGAGGGAAGUCUCCUGCUUAAUCAAAAACAUAGCAUAAAUGGAACCAUCCCUGGUGUUUUUAUAGCAGGAGAAUAUUGUCUUAAAAUCUUUCGAAAUGGCAAAGUAGGAUUGCUUGUAUUAUGUAAAAGUGUCUGUGAAUAGCUUGUAUGGUUUGCUGGGUCAAACAGUAUCUCCAAUCUAAAAUCUAUCUCAUUUCCACUUUAACUACUUUUAGUCGUAUUUAUUAAGUAAUGAGUUUGUACUUUUUUAUUUUGUAACAUUUUGUGAUUUUUUUGUACAAUACUGUAUUUGUAAAAUAGCAGUUCUCAGCUGAUGGAAUGAAUAAAUGCACACUUUUACAACUGUC